GCGCUAACACACGAGGUCAUCAUUCAAAAGUUGGAAAACUUACACUCAGAUGUUCAUGUUGCACCCGAUAGUUUUCUCCGCAGCUAAAGAGGAAGAAGAUCCCAGAAAUUUGAAACAGGUCUGAAAAAGCUCUUCUUCAGGAUGCAAGUGGCUAAGGACACUCUUUAUUAUUCAAAUCUUAAUGCAGAAAUGGGUGAAGAGCCUGGUGAUGACAGGCAGCUUCUGGUCCAGGAGCAAAAGGCUUGUCGAGCUCGAGCCCGUCAGUACUCCCUGGAAACCAACCGACGCAGAAAGGCACUAGAAGAACGGAGGAGGCAAUUGGAUGUUCAGGAGCAGAGGCUGAGGGAGAACAUCCUGCAAGAGCGUAAGCAGAGACUGCAGGAAGCUACAGAUCGUUAUCUGAGAGCUCACCUCCUUCCAUCACAGAGGAGAAGACCAGCCUCUUGUACAAAAACACCUAACUUGGAAGAAGCACUCAGUCAUAUUCAGGGGGAUCAAACCCCCUCCAGUCAGGACUCUUCAUUUUUAUCCAACACCUCCACCAGCAGCAGGAGCUGCAUUCCCUCCCCUAAACCCCCAGGUGGCCCCAGUGGACCUCGUAGCCUGCGUACAUUUUCUGCACCUCAGGCCUAUGCCAAGCUCGUGCAGGAGAGAAGCUUGGGUGACUUUAAAACCAACCAGCAACUCUUUAUCAACCAGCUGCAAGAGAAUCUAUUGAACAAUCAAGAACAAGUUCAAAAACAGGAGCACAGUGACCCUCAAUUUAGCCAUGCAGAAAGCCUGUCUAGCCUAGACAGUCUGGAGAAUGAGGUUCCUCAGCAUGGUCAUGACAGUAAACAUAACAGUCUGGAUCCCUCAGAAGUCCACAAUACCAUAUGUUCAACAUCACUAAAGAGGCAGCUCAACUGCCCAGGUCCACCAGAGAGCUUACUGGAGACGGUAGUUAGUGUGUCUAGUUCUUCCAGUUCUUCAACAUCUACAGCUGUAGAAGAUGAGUCAGCAGAUGAGGUUCUGAAUCUCUUAAAAACACCAAAGCAGGGCAAAGUAACAUGCCAGUCCAAGGCUUCCAACAUCCAGGCUACUACUUCCUGCCAAAAGCAAGUGUUUACAACUAAUUUAGGACCUACAGAGUACCAAAAUCACAAAACCGCUCAGGAGAACCUACAGAUGGACAAAACCAUAGGAGCAGAAAACUGCAGAUUGCAGACAGCCCCAGAUACCAUGCCUCAGGAAUACUCUUGCAUGGCUCAACAGUGCAGCACUGAAUCUAAUAAGCUCUCAUUAUGUACCAAGCUCCUGUCAGAUAUUCAAGCUGCCUCAAAGGCCAGCAGUGCUUCUGAUCUGAACAAAGUCUCUCCCAGUUUAGGGAACUCAUCCUUACAGCCAGAGAAAUCUUUUCACUCAAGUAAGAGAAAACUAGAUGAAAAUGGUGUUCCAUUUCACGACAGGAGAACACAAUUUAAGAGCUUUCAGAACUAUGAAAGUGCAGGAACUCCAAACUUAUCAGAUAAAUACAGUGAUAGAAGACUGGCAAAUGAAAUUUUGCCUUCCACAAUAGCAGAGGAACCAGACAAAAUGUCCACAGACACCUUAACCAACUAUAAUAACAUAAAAAGCAGUAAUGUCCAAUUUUUGAAAGGAAUCCUUAAGAAAAAAAUAAAACGCAUAGGGGAUGUGGAUCCCAAAUUCAGUUACACUCCAGGACAUUUUACUUUUAGCAAGCAAGUGGCUGUAGCUAUUAGGGACAGUUUAGAACUCUCUCGGACUAAAGACAGGGACGCAGAGAGCAACAAGUGCAUUCAGAAGAAACUUCGCUGGAUUGACGAGGUCCUUAAUGAGGGAAGAGCAAAUAAGGAAAUGGUGACAAAAGAAUUAAACAUGCAGGCAGAAAAUGAAAGAAGACUAACUCAAAUGCCUUUGGUGGAUGCGCAGCAGGGAUCAUUCCAUUCAUGGUAUAUGAACUUAUCUUCAGGUAAACCAAAAAACAAGACAUCCUCUUGCCCAGAUGACCCCAACUUAACAAAACAAGCUUGGUCAGAUGUUGGUUCCCAGAAAGGGAAGCAGCAGGAAGCAACAAUAGAGUCAAGAAUGGAAAAAGCAGCACCCUCCACUACUGGACUUUGUAUUCCCCAACAAGAGCACUUAUACAGAACUGGCACAGGCACUAUUUCAACACAGGCUCGGAGGGGUACCAUAAUCAGGCCUCAGUCUUCUGGUCAAUUGCAACAUGUAGUCAGAACUCAAGGGAAAGUCCUGGUGCCUCGGCCCCCUCCAAGAUCUAAGGUAACUGCGAGGAACACAGGUCAGGGUAUGAUGUAUAUCAACAAAACAGGAAGCAGUGAGUAUUCUCAAGAUAAAGCACUUCUGCCAAUGGAACAGGUUCUUUAUAAGGACUGUCCAGAUGGUCAGUCUUUACCUCAGCGGCACAUUCUUAAAAGACAAGAAAGCACUAUAUUGGGUCCAGUACAACCUUCCUAUGCCUGCAUGUAUGAGACUGUGUCUAAAGGCAUUUACACCCUUUGCCAGUCAGACGGCCAGGCAGGCAGUGGCCGUAAGAACUUUCAGAAUGGUAUCUUGGAACGUACACCAACUGAUGAGGAGAUCUCGCAGCUGUGGCAUGGAGUGCGAAGUGCCCUAGCUGGCGAAGAAGGUGACUCCCAUAGCUUGCAGACUCACAAAGGACCAUUGUUUGGUCUGCCUCAAACUCACGCCGAUUUGUCCCAUGUUACUAUCAAUGGCGAUAGCCUGUUCGGUGGUGUCAAAGCAGCUGCUGCAAGUGUGGGUGGCUUUUUCCUGUCAUCUUCUAAUGUCAGGAAUCCAGUAAGAAGACCUACUCUGGACAAUAAUAUGGUGAAAAACAGACCUGCAGCAUUAGGUUACAGGAAUCCCCCUGUUCUUUAUCAGGCUAAAGUGCCAAUAACUGCAAGCAAAUCUGACCAGACGGUGCACGAUCAAGAUUCAGACGUGAUAGAUGGUGCUAAGAAGGUUGCUGUAGCUCCGGCUCAUUUCCAAAAAGCUGCUGAGUUCCUGCAGUCACAACAAGGCCUCAGUGCUCUCUCCCUUGAGGAACAGCAAAUCUUGCAAUCACUCGAUAGACUCAACCACCACCUGCAGUAUGUGCAAGAUGUGGCUCUGGGAAACACAGCACUGAAUGGCACUGUUGCAGUGGACCCUGCUUUUAACCAGUCUCCCCAGCCUGACGAGCGUAAAUGUGCCACCCUGAGCAGGUACCACAGUGGCGCAGUUGACAGCCGCACCCGCCCACACAGACGCUACUGACUUCAGAAUGCUCUUAUUUCCCAGCCUGUCAUUCUUUAAUCCUUAUUGAAAAGCACUUUAUCCCUUCUUGC